UUCGCGCGCGCACGCCCGGAAACGCAGUGGAGUCCCGCCUUGCAGCCCGGAGACGCGUUGCCGCUGCCGCUCGCCACCACCGCCGCCGCCACCGCCGCCGCGUCUGCUGCGCCUGUCAUGCCGAAACACGAGUUCUCCGUGGACAUGUCCUGUGAAGGCUGUGCCGAUGCCGUCUGUCGAGUGCUCAACAGGAUGGAAGGAAUAGAGUUUACAAUUGACCUGUCCAACAAGAAGGUUUGCAUCACUUCUGAACACAGUGUGGACGUCCUGCUGGCAACCCUGAAGAAAACGGGAAAGGCUGUUUCCUACCUCGGCCCCAAGUAGCAAGAGCCUGGAACCCCAGCCCUCAGGAUGGACCAAAGGGGACAGGUUGGCUGUCCUGGAGCAAGCAUUGAGCAUAGUAGUGAAGACACCACUUGGGAUGCCCACAUCCCAUAUUGGAGUGCCCUGUGUUUGAGUCCUGGCUCUGCUUCCAAUUCCAGCUUCCUGCUAAUGUGCAUCCUGGGAGGCAGGAGGGUGAUGAUGGCUCAAGUAGUUGGGUCCUUGCCACCCAUAUGGGAUACUUGGGCUGAGUUCUUGGCUCCCAGCUUAGGUUUGGCCCAGCCUUGGCUGUUGUGUGCGUUUAGGGGAUGAACCAGCAGAUGGGAGCUCUGUCUGCUUAUUCGUCUCUCUCUGCUCUCACAUAAAUAAAUAAAAACUUUUUAAAA